AUGAGCAUACACGAAUGUGUCGACGCCUACCUAUCACUUUCUGAUCGGAUUUUCCAGAAGAAGAAACACCGAGUGACGGCAAAGGGCAAUAUACAAGGACGGUUCGACUCGGAGGAGCUGGAGCGGGCUAUAAAAGACGUUAUUACAGGGAAAGGACUAGAGAAAGAUGCACUGCUAAAAGACGCCUCGGACGAGGCAUGCAAAGUAUUUGUAUGCGCCACGAGUAAGCACACAAGCGAGACUAUAUGCCUUACGAGCUACAAGUCGCCGCGCGGCUUCAGCGACCUCUUGGAUAGCGUGAAGAUUUGGGAAGCUUGCCGGGCAACUUCGGCAGCAUCAUCCUUCUUCGACCCUAUUACUGUUGGGCGGUACGGAGAGGAGUUUGUUGAUGGGGCCACUGGAGCGAAUAAUCCGGUGUGGGAGGUGUGGAAUGAGGCCCAGCUGAUGUGGGGACCGGAGCCGCUUGAGAGUAGGAUCAAAUGUUUAGUCUCGAUCGGAACCGGUGUCCCUUCCCUGAAGCCAUUUCGGGAUGAUAUUUUCUGUAUCGGUAAGACGCUUGUUGCGAUUGCCACUGAGACAGAGCAGACGGCAGAGAGAUUCCGGCGAGAUAAAUCGUACCUCGAUAAUAUUGGCCGAUACUACCGCUUCAACGUAGCUCGUGGGCUAGAGGACAUUGGGUUAGAAGAGACAAUCAGGAGGAAGGAGAUUGCUGCGGCUACACGACGAUAUGUGCAGGCUCAGGAGGUGUUCAAGCAGAUGCAGGCGUGUGCAGGUAACGCGGGGGUAAGAGAAUGUUAG